CAGCCGCAGUCGUGUUUUACUGUUUUACCUGCCGAUGGGACUCCUCCCCUCUUCCCCUCCUCCAAUUGCGUCGCCGCCGCAGCAUCGAUUCGCCCCCCAGCCGAUUUGCCGAACCCUUGUUUCCCAAUCGAUCGCCGGAGUUGACGUGCGCCGGUAACAGGUGUUCAUCGGCUAGAUCUAAUAGAAGAAUCAAGCGCUGCGUUUUGGCCGGAGUUGGAGCAGCUUGUUGGCAGACGGCCUCUACCAGAUUUUGGAUCCAUCUCAAGAGAUCGGGUCGAGGUUUCCUGGGGCGGGUCGGGGGGAGAUCCUGUAGGGGCAGUGGGGAGUUGGUGGUCGCCGCUGCAGCUGUGUACAAGAUGAAUUUGUGUUCUGGAUACAGUAUUGAAGCAAAUAAUGAGGCAACUCAGGGGUUCAGCAGCCAUUGCUUGGAGGUAUUGUAUCUAGACUGUAUUGAUGUUGGAUUUCUGAAGCUGCCUCACGAUUCAUUCCCAAGGAUUAAGCACUUCAAUAAUGAAAUAGUCAAAUCCAUGAUUCUUGCUGAUUCUAUACACGGGACUGCGAAUAAUGCUUGUUGUGACUUCGGGAAAAGCAAGUUGCGCGACCCCAAUUCAAUUUGCUACUCAUGGACAUCUGCGUUCAAAGACUACUACGGCACUAGCCACUCCCUCGCCGACCGGGUUAUGGGAAGUGGCAUCAUCAUUUUCCAGGGUCCUAGGAGUGCAAGAUGGGGUUGCUGGUCCACUUUUCUUUGCGGUUAGCGAGUUUGUCAAGGCCAGCAAACACGGCGCUGUACACGCGGCUUCCAUGGUUACAGAAGUACUGUCCCUUAUAGCCGAGCCCUACAGCAGGGGAUUCUGCUACAAUGCAGAGCGGGAUAUCAAUCUACAACUCCUACAUGGUCCGUAUUACAUUUAAUUUUAGACUCAAUGCGGAGAAGGUGAGGUUUUUCAUAUCUAUCUCUGCCCAUGUGUUUUGCGAGUAUUAAUUCUCCAAUUCAAAAUGCUAUAAUAUUUGGCAUUUUUAAUUUCUUAGCUAUUUAACACAUGAUGAAAAAGUAUAUUUCUAUGACCGAUUUCUUUUUCUUUGCUGCAGUAUCAACCGCAGUGGUUUAGUGGUUGCUCGGUUCUGCUGCACGUUUGAUGGAACUAUGGACUCAAUAAUGAAAAGCCCGGUAUGCCUAAAAUAUUAUAAUCGUUUCUUCGCAACGAAUGCAUGGUGUAAAGUCGAUGGGGGUCAUACAAUGCCAUAUUUGUUCAUGAACAUUAAGUUAUUUAUGAGAUGCCAAAUUUGGUGGUUGAACUCAACCAUCACUGUUCGUGAUCAUGUGUAGUAUUCAUUCCCUAAAUAUGUUUUUCCUUGUGCAUGCACGGUCAAUAUUCAGUAUGUUUGAUAACUAAUUCUCUAAAAUGCCCUCCAUGCCGAUGCUAGGGGAAGAGCAUGACAGAUCCCUGUUAUUGGAUGCUCUCAGAUUGCGAUUGAACAAAGGACACAUACCCGGUGAUCUGUAGGAAUUCAGCUUUUGGAAUUCAGCUUUUUCUGUCGUACAUGGACAUUCGAAAUGUACCACUACUGGUGACUUAUUUUUUAUAUUCAAAUUUUUGCACCAUCCAUGUUGCUUAUGUCUAUGUGGUAAUAACUUUUUGUAGUACCCACACAUCAUACGACCCCAGACAAGAAAACUUGUGUCAUCUUACAUGUUUAUUGAUAGUUACGAUACAUCAAUAAACGCUGAAGUUUUCAAUA